ACACCUCUAGUGCGACGCCAAGGACCGACCGCGUUUGUUUUUUGUUUGUUUAAAAUUUAACAAUUGCACUGAAAUGGAGGGCAGCGCAAUUGCGCAUAAUUUGGCGAAUGGCGAAAAGCGCACCAGCGACGUGGAGGCUGGCAAAGUGCAACACUUCUCGGACCUGCAUCUGCGCCGAGAGGUACUGGGCGGCUUGACUGCCAAUAAUUUUAAGACGCCAACGAAAAUUCAGGCUGCGGCCAUACCCAUGGCUCUGACUGGAAUGGAUCUGUUGGUGCAGUCCAAGAGCGGCACGGGAAAGACGCUGAUCUAUGUGGUGGCCGCGCUGCAGACGUGCCAUCCGACGUCGAGGCCAAAACCGGAGGUUUUGAUUAUUUUGCCAACACGGGAGCUGGCCAUUCAGGUGCACGACACGUUCCAUUAUUUGGCUAGGAACAAAAUGCGCACACUAGGGGUAAAUUCGUUUAUUGGCGGCACCGAUGUGACCAAGGAUCGUGACAAGCUGCGCCACUGUCAUGUCGUCAUUGGCACACCGGGCCGCCUGCUGCAGCUGCACGAGAAGGGCGUAUUGAAUACGUCGCACGUCAAGUUGCUGGUGCUCGACGAGGCCGAUCAGCUCUACAUGACGGAGAGCCUGCAGAAGACGGUGAACGCACUGAUUGCGGUGCUGCCGCUUCAGCGCCAGAUAAUUGCCUGCAGCGCCACCUUUGAUCAGAAUCUGGACGAGAAGAUAGCCAAGAUGAUGGAGAAGCCCAUACUGAUAUCGAACAGCGAGCGGGCCACCGUGCUCCUGGGCAUCCGGCAGUUUGUCUACGAGCUGCCCCAACAGGUCAACAACAUGCUGGAGAUGCGCCUGAAGCUGGAGGCCCUGAAGAAGAUCUUCGCCCAGCUAAACUACGAGCAGGCAGUGCUCUUUUCCAACUCCAAAAUGCGUGCGGACUCGUACUGCAAUUACCUGAACGCCGGCGAAAUACCGUGCAUGCUCCUCUCGGGUGACCUCUCCCAGCAGGAACGCUCCGAAGUCUUUGAGGGCUAUCGCAACUUUUCGGUGCGCACCGUUGUGGCCACGGAUCUGAUCGCACGUGGCGUGGACUCGCAUCAUGCCAAUUUGGUCAUCAAUCUGGACCCGCCCGAUAAUCAUGUCACCUAUCUUCAUCGCACUGGACGUGCCGGUCGCUUUGGCUCCAAGGCCAUAGCCAUUACAUUCAUCUCGUCGCCGCAGCAGAGCGAGAACUUUAAGAAGAUUCUAGCCAAAGCCGGCACCGGCAUGUCCGUCCUGCAGUUCCCCACAGAGGGGCCGCCCUCAAAGGACUUUAACUACUUUGAGUUUGAUGCCUAUCAAUUUCCAUACUAUUUCAAGUCCAAGGCCAAUGAGCAGGACGACAACGAGCUGAAUCAAAUCAAAAAACCAAAAUCCACCAAGCUGGCCAAACAAAUAGCCAAUGAAAAGGCUGAUAAGGUGGCGACAGAUGUGUCUCCUGUGACACAGGAAGAGAAUGAAGUAAAAGAUAAGCAGGGAGACAAGGAUCCACAACCACAAAUCGAUGUGCCCAAAGUGGAGGAGUCUGCUGCCCCUCAGGCCAAGGAGGAUGCAAUCAACAAAGAGGCUCUCUCACCCGCUCCAGUGGAGGAUGAAAAGCCAACAAAUCUACAAUUUGAUAUAAUCACAUAUCCCCCAGUGGAGGAAACCAACCAACCGUUUGAGGUACUUCACAUUGCCCGCACCAGUGAUGAGAUUCUGUCGCCGAAUGAUGAAAAGCCCAGCACCAGCUCGGCAGCAAAAAAGAAGGAAAAACAAAGGCGCAAAUCCGAAAAACAAAAAUCUUCCAAAAGCAACUUAAGUCCGCUAUCAAAGCCCAAUAUAAGCCCUUGCCUCAGGGCUGCUCAGCCACGCGCCUCGACAGACAACAAGGAGAAUCGGCCAGAAAAUGGAGUCUGCUCCAGCACAGACAAGCCGCUAGAGACCAACCAGACAAUCAUGGAAGUAGAAGACUCGCCUCAAACAUCGCAGACACCAACAGAUGUGUCCCAGGAACCAACACAGACACCAACAGAUGUGUCCCAAGAACCAACACAGCUCACUGGCAGCUCGGCUGGAGCCGAAACCACCGCAGAAAAUCCGCUACAGUCCCGCCAGAGAGGCAUGGAAGUUGAAGAGUCUCCUCAAACAUCACAGACACCAUCGGAUGGGUCACAAGAGCCAACACAGUCGACCGGCUGCUCGGCUGAAACUCACCCAGGGCCGCCAGUGAAUUCAAUCAACACGAAGACCUAUUGCCUGGCUGUGCCUGGCACAGAUAACAGCUCGACCACACUGCAGCCGCAUGUCCUAUCGAAUACGGUGGACGAUGCCAGCAGCAUCGUUUCGGACAGCCUGGAAUGCGGCUAUGCCAGUGAUGGCUCCUAUGUCAGCCAAUAUUCGGAGAGCGAUGGCCAGAUUAUUUGGCAGCGCUACAGGGCACGCCGGCAAGUGCUUAAGAGGCGCCGUCGAUCCCUCAAGCCUCGUUCCUGGUACCACAAAUGCUCUUCGUUUGUACGAUUGCACCCAGCAUUCAGGAGCGUCAAGAGACCCGGCAUUGAGUCCCUGCUGCCAAUUCUUGCCCACAAUGAGUUCCUUAUGAAGUUUGAGAACAGGGAGAGCAUAAUCAGGCGCCUGAAUGAUUACAAAAAGAGAUUCAAGGUGAAGAAUGAGUCGGACUGGCUGGACGAACUUUACAAGACGGCAAUGGAAGUGUACUCUACGGAUUAUGGCAAUGCCACAGAACAGGACAAAUCGGAGAAGCCGCAACAGCAGCAGCAGAAGCCACAGCAGCCACCACCAGCUCUGGGAAAGCUGAGCGUUCAUGUUGCCCAUCAGAUGGAUAUUCCAGCAGUGGCUGCCGCAGCACCAGUAGCUGCAGCUGAUCCGGACGAUGUUGCAGACGAUGAGGCAACAUCAUCCGAAUCGGCCUUAACAUCCGAAGAGGGGGAGGCUUUUGAAGAAAUGAGUUCCCCAUCGAGCGGCUUUGGGGAGAGUACAGAGGAGAGUGCCUCCUCUGGCAUUGAGACGUCUGUCUACGAUCCCUCUGGCUCCUCGGAUCCACAGGACAAUGAAGAUGAUGAUGACGAUGAGGACGCAGAAGACGAUGUCGAUGAGGACUCAGAAGACGAUGUCGAUGAGGAGGAGGAGGAGGAGGAGGAGGAUGCGUUGAGCAAUGUCAGCGUGGCCGGCAGCAGCUCCUUCAGCUCUGUCACUAGCUUUGAGAUGAGACACGCACGUUUUAAACUGGUCAGGCGUUCGAGCAAUCCCAGCAAUUCUAGCCAUGAGAGCAGUACCAGCGAUGAAAGCGAGGGACAUGGUGUCAGCGAUGUCGGACACAAUGAGAGCGGCACCAAAAAAGCCAAAGGUACGACCAAUGACCCAAAGGCUGCUGAAACCAAAGACCCAGAUGGAAGUGAUGAGAGCAGUGCCUCAGGAGAGGCUGAGGACAGCAGUGCCCCAGAGGCUGAGGCAUCAGAGCAUCCGAACUUUGACCACAUGAACCGUGCCAUGCAACUCUGGGAGGAGACCUUCAACAGGCAGUAUCAGAUAAUUGCCAACCAUGUGGUAGCUCACAUGUCCCAAUAUCAGGACAUUCAUCGUCCGAGUGAGAGUCAGAGUUGCAACAAGAGAGACUUUGGGGGCAUGCAGCCAGAGGAUCAGCCAGCGCUGAAUGGGAACACCUGA